AACAAUCAGGAUCACUUUGGCCAGUAUGCUGUACACAACAAUCGGGUCACUGUGGCCAAUAUGCUGUACACAACAAUCGAGUCACUGUGGCCAGUUUGCUAUACACAACAAUCGGGAUCACUGUGGACAGUAUGCUGUCGCAACAAUCGGGAUCACUGUGACCAGUAUACUGUAAACAACAAUCGCGAUCCCUGUGGCCAGUAUUCUGUACACAACAAUCGGGAUCACUGUGGCCAGUAUGCUGUACACAACAAUCGGGAUCACUCUGGCCAGUAUGCCGUUCACAACAAUCAGGAUCACUCUGGCCAGUAUGCGGUACACAACAAUCAGGAUCACUGUGGCCAGUAUGCUGAACACAACAAUCAGGAUCACUGUGGCCAGUAUGCUGUACACAACAAUCGGGAUCACUGUGGCCAGUAUGCUGUACACAACAAUCGGGAUCACUGUGGCCAGUAUGCUGUACACAACAAUCAGGAUCACUGUGGCCAGUAUGCUGUACACAACAAUCGGGAUCACUGUGGCCAGUAGGCUGUACACAACAAUCGGGAUCACUUUGGUCAAUAUGCUGUAAAAAACAAUCGGGAUCACUGUGGCCAGUAUACUGUACACAACAAUCCCGAUCACUGUGGCCAGUAUUC